AUGGAGAUGAAUCGUGUACCUUUGAAGGCGAAGAUCUUGAAGGAAAACAUCAUACACAUCCUUCCGUUUGUGUGCUUUUCCAUGGCGAAGAAAAAAGAACUAAGCAUAAUGAUGUGGGAAAGUCUUUGCAACAGGGUUAUCAGAGUGAUUCCUAUUCUUCAUGCUAAUUUUGGAUCUCAAGCCUGUUGUCAACAUAGUUCCAUUGCAGCUUCAACUUUAAACACAACUGGAAAAGGGCAAUUUUUGAGGCGAUGUAACUACCCACCUCUAUCUAACUUUCAUUCACCAAUCAUGGGUUCACGACAUGGUCAAUGCAUGGUCAACACACACUCAACUAAUCUUCCUUUGGGAUGCAAUAAUUUUGUUGUUUCACAUGGCCAUGAAGAUAUGCAGGCUCUUCAGAAAGUGUAUCUUGAAGCACUGCUUGCUCAACAUAACCAACAAUACAGUUCACCACUUUUUGGAAGAUCUGGAAGCUUAAAUCAUCUAUAUGGGAAUCCCACAUAUAAUCAUGGCAUUCCAUAUCAAGGAAACUUACUUGAAAAUUCUACACGUUCAUCAGUUGGAUCCAGACAGUUGUCACAACAAUUUGCUCCUGCUUUUAGAAAUUCAGUGGGUGGAGUUUCUGGAUCUUGGAAUCCGGAAGGUGAUAUGAGCUUAGAUAGAAGAUAUGUUUCUUCAUUGUUGGAUGAGCUCAAGAACAACAAAAACAAGUCUUUUGAACUCUCUGAUGUUGUUGAUCAUGUGAUUGAGUUUAGUACCGAUCAAUAUGGAAGCAGGUUUAUUCAGCAGAAGCUUGAAUCGGCCACAGUUGAAGAAAAGAAUAUAAUAUUUCCCGAAAUUGUCCCUCAUGCACGUAGUUUGAUGAUUGAUGUGUUUGGAAAUUAUGUCAUACAAAAGUUCUUUGAGCAUGGGACCAAAAGUCAAAGAAGGGAUUUAGCUGGUCAACUCAUCGGUCAUGUUUUGCCUCUUAGCCUUCAAAUGUAUGGUUGCAGAGUUAUUCAGAAGGCAUUGGAGGUUGUUGAAGUUGAUCAACAGACAGAAAUGGUGGCUGAGCUUGAUGGUUCAAUCAUGAAAUGUGUUGGUGAUCAGAAUGGUAAUCAUGUAAUCCAGAAAUGUAUUGAAUGUGUGCCUCAAGAUCGUGUUCAGUUUAUAGUUUCUUCUUUCUUUGGAGAAGUUGUUUCUCUUUCAUCACAUCCUUAUGGAUGUCGAGUCAUUCAGAGGGUAUUGGAGCACUGUGAUGAUCGAAAUACACAAGCUGUAAUGGAUGAAAUCAUGAACUCGAUUUGUACUCUAGCACAAGACCAAUAUGGAAAUUAUGUUAUUCAGCAUGUCCUACAACAUGGUAAACCCCAUGAGCGAUCAGCUAUCAUCAACAAGAUCGCAGGAGAAACAGUGAAGAUGAGUCUGCAAAAGUUUCCUUCAAAUGUUGUUGAGAAAUGCUUAACUUAUGGAAGCCCAGAUGAACGCCAACUUCUUGUAAACGAAAUGCUUGGUUCCACUGAUGAAAAUGAGCCAUUACAGGCAAUGAUGAAAGAUCCUUUUGGAAAUUACGUUGUCCAGAAGGUUCUAGAAACUUGUGAUGACCAGACACGCGAACUUAUCCUCUAUAUUCUUGAUAUUUUCCCACUUUUUAAAUCUUUUAUCAAAUUCUCACUUUUGGAGGUGGCCAUAAGAAAAGGAUCCACCAGGAACACGAAAAACACAAACAAUUCUUGGGCUUCUUAG